AUGCGGAAACCAACAGCUCCAAUCCCCUCGCCCUUCCAGUCUUCCAUCGCGAAGCAAGGACAGGGCAAAGUCGUCCUCUCGCUCCUCCCACCAAAUAACCCAACCUUCACAACCCUCACCUACAAAUACCCUCUGAAACUGGUCCCACGCAAUGGCAACUUCAUCCCAACCGCCGACCCCUCAGACCCCUCAGAUACCUCUCCCCCGCGCCCCGUCCACCUCUACCUCCUCACCUACGGCGGCGGCCUGCUGCCCGGCGACCACAUCUCAGUCUCAAUUACCCUGGAAGCGCGAACUCGAAUGGUCGUCACAACGCCACAAGGCAGCACGAAGAUCUUCAAAACAGACCCAACCAACCCAGACCUCACCAGCCCAACCGUAAUAAAAGGCCACCGAGACCGAAUGCCCACAAAUCUACACCAACCAGACAUGAGCCAACAAACCCUGGACGUCCACAUCGGCCCCCAAGCAGCCCUCUGCUACCUCCCCGACCCCUCAGUCCCCUACCGCAACAGCCGCUACGCACAACACCAAAGCUUCACCAUCGACGCCUCCGCAAAAGGCCCCCACCGCGCCUCCCUCUGCGUCCUAGACUGGGUCACGCAAGGCCGCACCUCGCGCGGCGAGAACUGGGAUUUCCGAUUCUGGCGCGGCCGAAACGAAGUCUGGGCACGAGACGCAACAGGCAGAAGCCGACUUCUCCUCCGCGACUCCGUUGUUCUGGACGAUGAAUCCGAGCGGGACUUGGAUUCAGACGACGAUUCAGAUUCAUACGAAGAGCUAGACAACGCAGCCCGCAAUCUCCACAAUGGCUUGGUGAAUCGCGCAGACAGGCCGUCGCAGACAAAGGCCGGCCUUACACCGCUGAAUCUGAUUGCUGAGCGGUGCGCUCCGCACGGCGUCGUUGGCACGCUUAUUCUCUCUGGACCGGUCUUUGAGGCUCUGGGAGCUUUCCUUUUGCAGAAGUUCCAGUCGCAGCCGCGGAUUGGGAGCAGGAAUUGGUCGGAUCAGGCGCCGUCGUCGGCGCCAGAGCCGUCGGUUAGCUGUCGCGGGGAUGUUACGUGGACUGCGGCGCGUGUGCGCGCGGGCUUUGUGCUUGUUAAGUUUGGGGCUAAGGAUUUUGAGACUGCUAAGGACUGGCUUGGUGGGUUGAUUCGGGAGGAGGGGAGUGUUGUUCGUGAGUUUGGGGAGGAGGCGCUUUUCUGUUUAUGA